AUGAAGGGCCCGCUGCUCAUCACUCUGACCGGUCUGCUGGUCUGCUGUGAUGCCUUCAGGGUCCGUCCCUCCCAGCGGGUCGUCCCCCCCGCCGGUCCUCUAGAGGCUCGUGUCCUCUGGGACCAGGACCCGGACCCAGUCCGGCCCCGCCUCCUCCGGGACCUGGUCCGGGCCAGACGGCACUCGGCCCGGGACCUAGUCCGCUCCCAGCCCCACCUGGUCCAUGACAUGGGCUGGCCCGAGAUCCAGGAGACCCCGUCCCGAUGGGGGGCGGCCCGGACCCGGGACGCCGUGGACGAGAACCGCGGCGUGGAGGACGAGAUGGAGCGGAUGGUCCACCUCGCGGUUCCCCGGGGACCGGAGGACUCCACCCACCCAGAGACGGGGGCGGAGCCAGUGGGCGGGCCGGGCGGAGGCGACGCCUCCCAGGAGGGCUCCAGCUUCUGCGGGACGGACACGGAGGACAGAGACAGAGGAGAGGACGGAGGGGAGGACCGAGAGCGGAGAGGGGGGGAGGACGAGUGGGACAGGGAGGAGACGAGGGGGGGGGACGGACGGCCGGACGUCCUGAAGGUCAACCACACCCCUCCGGACCUGGAUGCUCUGAUUGGCUACAGUCUGUCCCUCCAGCCGUCCAGCUCCCGGCAGCCUGACGUCUCCCUCCCGGCCCCUGAGCCACGUUCUGGACCGCAGGAGCAGCGAGGAGCCCCCGUCCUGGAGGCCGGCCCGGCGGCCGGGGAGCCGUGGGGGGCCGAGCAGGACGAGGCUCAGUCCAGCGGCGGUGGCGGCCUCCACCCGGCCGCCUCCGCACCUCCAGCCGCCGCCCCGUCCUCCACUCCUCCGCCUGCUGCUGCUGCUGCUGACACCGCCGGAACCGCCGGAACUGCCGGAACCAGAGGAACCGCAGGAACCGCAGGAACCGCCGCCCCAGAGACCGACACCGGCACGGACUUCGGGCUGCUUGGAAGCUACGGCAGAGGCCGGAAGGAGGAGGAGGAGGAGGAGGAGGAGGAGGAGGAGGAGGAGGAGGCAGGCCUGAUUCACAUGGCUGCCUUUACCCAGAAUCCCACGGUGCCGGAGGUGGGCGUGGCUCCCAGCAGGGAGCCGCUGCAGCCCAGCGCGGACGGAGACCAGUUCAAAGGUCAGCAUCCUCAGGGCCGCCGAAGAUCCGGCCCGGAGCGGGCGGAGCCGGGAAUUGGACCGCUCACCACGGGUCCGUUCCCCACCGCCGACCUGAGCGACUCCGCCUGGGACCGGGUGGAGACACCUCUGCUGUCCCAGCAGCAGCUGGUGUGUCUGGACUGGAGCCAGCUCGCCGGUCAAGGAUACGUCAUCUUGAACCUGACGCAAAACUUCAACUGCGAGGAGUUCCGGGUGGACCAGGGCGUCCGCCUGUUGCGGGUCCUGGAGCGGGUGUUUGCUCGCAGGAUGAACAGCCCGGAGGGAUCCUGGAUGAUUAACCUCAGCAAGCCGACCCACCAGCACCGCCAGCUGCUGAUGAACGUGGCGUCCGAGAACGGAGUGAUCGCCACCAAGGACGUUCUGGACAUGCUGGGAGAAAUCAGGAAUUCUCUGGAUAUGCUGGGCAUCCAGAACUUCGACGCCGCCGGCAGCUGCCCGGCCCGGCCCAGCCAGACGCGCAGCGACUACGGCAAGCUGUUCGUGGUGCUGGUGAUCAUCGGCUCCGUCUGCAUGGUCAUCAUCACGUCCGGCUUCGUCUACAUCUGCUGGCAGCGCCGGCUCCCCGCCGCCAAGACCACGUUUCGGGCGGAGGAGCUCCACUUUGUGGAGAACGGUUGCCAUGACAACCCCAUGCUGGACGUGACCAAUGACGGCGGCCAGCCGGAGACGAGCGAGAAGAAGCCGAGCGCCAACGGGCUGGCGGGGGGCGGGGAAGGGGGCGGGAACGACGGCAGCCGCUGGCAGGUGUUCGUCAAUCAGGCGGCGACGGAGGAAGAUGAAGAGGAGCAGGACACACAUCUCUGAUGGAGGAAGAGGAGG